UUAAAAAAUGUUUGUUUCAGAUUAUUUGAAGAACACGCAGAACUAUUGGAAUUAUUCACAAAAUUUAAAGAACUCAAAACUAAAGAAGAUCAAGCGAAUAGUCUGGAACUUCACGAACACGCCACAACGGUGAUGAGAACAUUGGAUGAAGGAAUAAAGGGUUUGGAUAAUUUGGAUGCGUUUUUUGAAUAUCUUCACCAAGUUGGUGCUUCGCAUAGAAGAAUACCAGGUUUUAAAGUGGACUAUUUUUGGAAAAUCGAACAACCUUUUUUGGAAGCUGUUAAAACAACGCUCGGAGAUAGAUACACGGAAAAUGUGGAAAACAUCUACAACAUCACGAUUAAAUUUAUCAUAAAAACGCUGGUCGAGGGUUAUGAUAAUGCUAAUAAGACAACGUGAAACCAGAACGUCACAAGUUAAACGAAAUACAAAAAGAAGCAAAAAUGGAGAAUUAAACGAAAAUAUAAAGAGUGUCUGUCCAUCGUAUUCCGAUUAAUAAAAAAAUUGUAAAUUGUAAAAGAUAAACAAAAAAAUGUUGUAUAAGACCAAUGAUCAUAUCAAACAACAUCUGAUGUGUGUAAUCUCAAAGAGAUAUAUGUAUAUGUUUUUUUUGUAAUAACUUGUCAGUGAAGUGUGUUCAUAAAGGCAAAUUAAGCCUACACCAUUUCAAAGAACUGUAUUUAGUAAUUUAAGGAUUGCGUAAUUAACUGUAUACAUGUAAUAAGUAAUCUUCUUAAUGUGAUGAACGUUAAUAAAGAUGUAUUAAGCUUCCA